AUGUUUGCCAAGCAGCGAUUCUUCUGCGACGGAUUGCCGCGUGACAUUUGGAGACAGUGCAAGGAUGAGCUACGAUGCCUCAAAUGCAUGAAAACGUAUUGUGACUGGCGUAGCCUACGGAAGCAUAUGAACUUCUUCUGUCAGAUGGAACCGCUCUUUCCGUGCCCAUACUGCUCCCACAGAGCCAGAAUUCCUACCUUGUUGAAGUAUCAUAUUGUUCGAUUCGAUCCGGCCGCGCAGCAAUCCGAGGAUCUUGGGGAAUUCAUAGGCAAACCCACCUUUAUAUGUCCGAAGUGUGGAAAGGGCUAUGCGUGGAAGGCGAGCCUCCAGCGUCACCUGAGCACCGUAUGUGGUACACCGCCCAUGAUUUUCUGCAAUCUCUGCGGAUACAAGACCAGUCGUAAGGAUGUUCUCUUCAGGCAUAUGCGGCACGUGCAUCCGAGAUCACAGUAG